UUGCUUAUCUAAGCGGGGCAUUUUACCAUGGUUGGCCCAGUGUGUUCCCCAGGGCUGAGGCGCCAGCUGUGUGCCUGACCCCUGAAUAAAUCAGGGCCACACGGAGUCUGGCAGAGCUCUGGACACAUUUCCUGUCACGGCCUAGGGGAAGCAGUUGGACAAGGGAGUCUGGUGGGGACUUUUGGCUGCCGGGGUAUGAGGGUUCAGGAGAGGGGAGGGCACACAUGGUGGUAGAAAGGGCUGUAGAGGGCGGUGACUCCAGAGACAGCUUGGUUCCUUCGGACAAGCCAGAGACUUGGGAACAGUUGUGCACCCCGAGUUUCCAGGAUGAGGCCGGCGCUUGCCCUGUGCCUCCUCUGUCCUGCUUUCUGGCCCGGGCCGGGGAGUAGCGAGCAUCCCACUGCAGAUCGCGCUGCCUGUUCAGCCUCGGGGGCUUGUUACAGCCUGCACCAUGCUACCAUCAAGCGGCGGGCAGCCGAGGAGGCCUGCAGCUUGCGCGGUGGGACUCUCAGCACCGUGCACUCGGGCUCCGAGCUACGUGCGGUGCUGGCGCUCCUGCGCGCAGGUCCCGGGCCUGGUGGAGGCUCCAAGGACUUUCUGUUCUGGGUGGCUCUGGAGCGUGGCCGUUCCCAGUGUACCCUCGAGAGAGAGCCUUUGAGGGGUUUCUCCUGGCUGUCCCCGGACGGAAGAGAGUCGGAGGACAACACACUGCCUUGGGUAGAGGAGCCACAACUUUCUUGCACUGUGCGAAAGUGCGCGGGGCUCCAGGUCACCCGAGGAGUGGAGCCUGCUGGCUGGAAGGAGAUGCGCUGUCACCUGCGUGCUAAUGGCUAUCUGUGCAAGUAUCAGUUUGAAGCCCUGUGCCCCGCACCACGCCCAGGAGCUGCCUCUAACUUAAGUUUCCGAGCUCCCUUCCGGCUGAGUAGCUCCGCGCUGGACUUCAGCCCUCCUGGGACCGAGGUGAGUGUGAUAUGUCCCGGGGGGAACCUCUCCGUCUCAGCCACCUGCAUCCAGGAAGAGACUAGCGCACGCUGGGAUGGGCUUUUCCCUGGGGCUCUGCUCUGCUCCUGCUCUGGGAGGUACCUUCGUGCUGGCAAGUGCGUGGAGCUCCCCGACUGCCUAGACCACUUGGGAGGCUUCGCCUGUGAAUGUGUCCCAGGCUUUGAACUGGGGAAGGACAGACGCUCUUGUGAGGCCCAAGGGGAAGGACAGCCAACCCUUGCAGGGACCAAGCUGCCCGUGAGGCAUGUAUCAGCCACUCCAACCAGUCCAGUGACAAACAGAACAUGGCUGGGCAAGGUGCAUGAGAAGUUAGGAGAGAUGCCCCAGGUCACCGGACAAGACAGUUUUGCGACUUCUCUUCCCGAGAUUCUUCAGUGGGGGACACAGAGUACUUUACCUACCGUUGAAAAGUCCCCACAACCCAAGCCAAAAGUCACCGCAAGGCCAUCAGGAAGCGUGAUCCCUACAUUGAACUAUACUUCUUCCCCUUCUGUUUCCCCGACGUUCGACUCCUCCUCCACCGUGGUCUUCAUACUUGUGAGCAUAGCAGUAAUAGUGCUGGUGAUCUUGACCAUGACAGUGCUGGGACUUUUCAAACUCUGCUUCCACAAGAGCCCUUCCUCCAGGACAAGGAAGGGAGUUUUGGACUCACGGGGUGUGGAAAGUAAUGCUGAGGUCACUGCUUUGAGCCCCAAUUCUGCGCAUUGCACUGACAAUGGGGUGAAGGUUGGGGACUGUGGUCUGCGGGGCCGAGCUGAGGGUGCCUCACUGACUGGGUCCUCUCUCGGCUCAGGGGACACCUAGGGAAACAGCCCAAUGGGCAUGUCUUGUGCAGAUUCUCAAUUCCAAUAAAGAAGGGAAAGGCAGAUUCCUGCUAUGGUUCCUACAGAAGUUGCCCCUCCCAUCAAUUCUCCUUACUCCACCAAGGAGCCCAAUCUGAAGAGCACACUCGUUCCCUGAAAAUGGAGGAGGCGGUGGUGGGCCUUAGGCUGGUACUGGAGGACAGGGUGAAUAAUGGAAGGAGGCAUUUUCCUCUUUUCUGGGAAUUUGAAGAAGUUCUUGAAUAUUUCCAGUAUUGGAAGUAAAUAAAUUACAAUAUAAUUUUUGGAAUGUUUAUUUUCAUCAAAAUGAGAAAGAAAUGUCUAUAUUAUUCAGGCUAGGAAUGCAUUGACUAGAAAUUUUGAGGCAAAUAAUAAAACGUUGCUGAGAACCUAGACUGAAAUGUUUUUGACUUUUGCAAAAUGGGUUUAUUUAGGAAUACAACAUGCUGAGGACAGCAACUGGCUACGGGGUAUGCUGGGAAGAGGACAGGUACAUUCUGUGCUUUGAGGGGAAAGUCCUUACACCUUAGCUCUUUCAGAACUAAUGAACUUUUCCUUUAUUCUUUUAUCCUUUGCUUUCAAAGUCACCAUGGCUGUGUGCUUUGCUAUAAAUCCUAAGUGCAGUGUUGCCAGUUUCUGACUCCAGAAGCAAAUUACAGUUGACCACCAAUCCAAGUGUUUACUGUGUGUCCUUGCCCAAGGAAACAAAUGAUUUGUGUCUUCCUUUCCAAUGUUUGUGCUUGCAGUGUAAUGACCUUUCUCUCUAAACCACCUUGUAGACAUCAGGAUGCUGAUCCCUACUUCCAAUUACGAUGAUGUUAAUUCUCAAUUAAAACGUUAAUGUGAAGUAUUGAUCUGAAAUCUUCUGGGUACAUUAAAGCAAAAGAAGCUUGGCUUUUUCCAAAGUUGCUAGAUUCUUGUGCUCUAUUUAAUUAAUGGAGAAAAAAAACCCUAAAUGUCAAACCAUUUCUGUUUCUUCUCAAUAGAGUGUGUAUACAAUGACAAUGUGUGUGCAUCAGGGGAUUGUUGAAAUUGAACAAGAGACAAAACUAUGGGCAACAGUUUUCCAUAGAAUUAAUGACAAAUUAAACCUAUCAUCUCGUUAUGACUUGAGGUAUUAACAAAUAAUAAAAAUCACACUUCUGGGUGGUAAAUAAUCAAGGCUUAAUAAAAAUAACUAUUUGAUGGAAUCCAAAGGCCUUGGGGAACAUUUCAGUUAGAUUAACGUGCUAAGAUUCUGUUUUUAGUGUUGUAAAGGUUGUUAUGUCAAGAGAUAUAGAGGAAAUAAGCUUACCCAUGGGAGGAAAUUAAAGUAGGAUAAAACUUGGACUAUAUUUUCCUAGAAUCACUAUUUAUACUCUUUAUUGUGUUGUGCAUAUUCUGGAAAGUUAAUUUAAAGUUAGCAGAUAGCCAUUUAUAAAAUAACCCAGAAAAAUUAAGGGCUCAAUAUAUGAAUCUAUGUUGUAAAUAUAAUUCUAUGUGUUUAAUAUUGAAGGAAUAAAUUUAUAGAUUGCUUCAUAUGUUGGGUAUAAUUUUAAAUAGAUACACAAAUGAAUGUGAAUUAACAACUGUUAAGGUUCUUCAAUUCAAAGCUGAAGUUAACAGUUACAUGGGUGAUUGGCUCAUCUAAAAUUCCUCAACUUGUCACCUCUAUCACUCCAUUAUAUGAUCUCUCAGUAAUGGUGACAACUAUUCUAGUAUAAUAUAUCCUGUUUAAUUUUAUAACUUGAAAAAUAGCCUCAUCUAUAAGAUUACUGAACACACACACUCUCACACAUAUGUAUAUAUAUGCACUUAUAUACAUACAUGCAUAGCUAAGUGCAUUUGUACAUGUGUAUGUAUAUAUAUAUAUAAACAUUUUGUAUUUCAGAAGAAUGCCCUUAUAUUAUUUUUUAAAGAAAUAGAGCUUGCUUAAUUAACUUAUCACACAAUAAGCAACAAAUGACAGUGUGGAUAUAGGACUCUGAAUGCCCUAUGUGAAGAAAAAAGUCAUGUCAACCCAAUUGCUUAGUGAUUGGUUUUUUUUUCUUCUUUAUGGAUCAAAGGAGAAUUAAAUAAACUUUAUUUGUUUAGGUCUUAAAAUUUUUGACAGACCAGGCAACAGAGAAUUUCCUUAGAUUUCUGGCUAUGGUGAUGGCUUCCUAGGAAUAUUGACACAAUGACAGAAUACCGAAAGUCAAGCACGUGAUCUCCUGAGUCUAUUUGUAGCCAGGGGCAAUGUUCUUACACUGUUUCUCUAUCUAUUAAUUUCUCAACAUCUUUCAGGUUCCUUUGCCAGUUAAAGUCUUCUGCCCUCACAUUCAUCCGUGUUUCCUACUCAUCCAUUUCCUUACAGUUAAACAUAGAAUCUUUCCUACAGUCUUUCUUUCUACUCUAAACCCUGCCAUAUCUUACACAAUAAGAUCAAUUUUUGCACAAGAUGCAAUGCCCAUGCACUUCAAGUCUUCUAUUCUCUAUACCCAGUGACCUGCACCUCAUUUUAGUCAUCCACUCCAUAGGCACCAGAAUUAAGGUGAUUCUGUAGCUCUUCCCCAUCCCAGACCUCAAAGUCAGAUUUCAUGUGCAAGUGUUAAGAACUGUGCUUCACUGAUGUUUCCUGUGAUUAGAGGUAAACAGUUGUUUGAACUUCGACAUUAUUCCUUAUUUAAAUUAGUAUGUGAGCAUUGCAAAGAAUAGUAGCCUGAGAUGGAAUCAUUCUUCUAUUUUCCUUCUUUUUUAAAACAUUAUGUAUACUAAGAUUGCAAGUUUACUAAAAACAGUUGUUUCGUAUGAAUGUUAAAAGGGUAAUCAAGAACCAAAAGGUUCACAAUUGACUUAACACUUGCUCCACAGGAGAAAACUCAUAUGACCAAGAAUCAUAACUAGGGAGAUCAUAGGUCCUAGGUAUGAAGCAAGUACUAUUAUUUUGCAAAAUAGAUAUAGUAUCAAACCUCCUUCCCAAUACUUAUUAUUAGAACCAUUGAUCUAUGUAGCACCUACUCCCUUAUUAGGGAAGCUUUUUAUAAAAGAUGGUGGUUGAAAAAGACACUCACAGCUGUUAAAAAUACAAAGAAUGAGAGCACAGCUGCAAGUGGGCAUCUGUGAGCUUUACAUCAUGGAAAGAGGAACAGAAAAAUAGAGCCAAAUGUCAUGGAGGUCUGCUGUAAAACUCUUUGGGAAAUGACAGAGUCAUUGUACUCAUGUAUUCACAACAGCUGUGGUUGCCUGCACAAGACCUGCAUGAGAUCAAGCCAGACAGCAUUCUACAUUGGACAAAGGAGAAGUAUACAAGGUUUUACCUGUCAUUGAAGAGUUAAUGGCAGUUGGUGGUUCUGAGAGACUGAGAAGCAGUCUUCUUCACAGGCAUGGCUAUUAGUAUGUUGUUCAUUUCCCCAGUGGAUAUCCCUACAUGCAUCCACAUUGGACAGCCCAAACUGAACUCGGUGAAUUAAAAAAGAGGAUGUGAAGUUGGGAGGAUGAUAUGGGGUGUUUGAUAUAAGAGGAGAUGGAGGGGAUGUGAGCAGUGAAGAUGAUUUAUACAUGUAUGCAAUUACCAAAGAAUAAGAGAGACAUUUUAUGAGAAAGCAAUCUAUUUUCAAUAAAAGAAAAUAUAUAUCCAAUAAUAAUAGAAAUAUAGUUGCUUUACAAAGCUGUUAAUGAGUAAAUUGCCAGAUGAUGUUAUACUUUGCUCCUGAAUAUCUUUCUGCUUACUUCUUAUCCAACUUGCUGUCAUUAAAUAACUCGUAGCAUUUCUACUUAAUAAUAUACUCUCUUCCAUGUGAGUGUUCUUCUUUGUUUUUGUUUGAACCAUGAAUUAAAAGUCAGUUAAUUUAACUAAUGUUAACUAGUUUUAUGUUCUUUUGUUCACUUUCUAUCUCUUCUCCAGAAAAGUGUCUAUUCAGAUCUUUUACCUAGUUUGAAUGGGAUUCCCUGUUUGCUAUUGGUUAUAUGUUCUGACACCAGCCCCUUUUUAUAUAGCUGGCACACAUUUUCUCCCAUUGGAGAAAUCUGUUGCUGAAAUGCAUAAGUUUAAUCAUACAAAAAGGUAUUUGUUGGUAUGUUGUAAUAGCCUUUGUAAAUAUCUUAAUUUUCCUGUGUUCUUUGCAGACUUAUACAGAAAAUCAUUGCAUUUACCAAAUUCUUAAAGUGUUUAGUUAGCUAUGCUUUUCUCUAGUAGGUGUAAAGUGUAAGGUUUUUGAUCAAUUUUAAAUUGUUUUUUUGUACAAGGUGAUAGAUAGUUGUCAAGAUUUAAUCUUUUGCCUAGGGUAUACAGUUUCCCGAGAAGUAUUUGUAAAAGAGGCCAACACUUUUUCAGUGUGCCUUUUUUGGCACGUUUGCCUAAAUUCAGAUAGCUGAAAAUUCAUUGUAUGUGUCUUAUGUCUUCUUUUCCAUCUCAUUAGUCUAUGAGCCUUGUUCCUGGGCCAAUACAAUACUUUAUUGUUACUAUGGUUUUGUACUAUAUUUGAAAAUAAAAUAUUAUGAUACAUCCA